UUAAAAGAAUAAUCAGAAAAACCGCUAAUGGUCGGGGCCCUUAGUCCAGGGCUCCGCUGGCUCUUGCCAUCUUCUCAGCUCUCUUAAUCAGCUUGAGCUGGUCGUCGAGGGCCGAGCUGGACAGCAGUGCCUCCCAUUGCUCCCUCGUUGUGUUCGUGUCUGGGUGUUCUAUGUUGUGUAGUGUGCACUCCCACACAAUGUGGUAUAGGGUUGGUGUGGCCCCACACCAUGGGCAUUCGUCCCUGUAGGCUGUGGGGUGUAUCCGAUGUUAAUAUGUGUAGGUUCGUGUAAGUGCCUGUAUGGAGCAGCGGCAUCUUCUGUCUUUAGGUUUCGAUGGGGUGGUGGAUAUCGCAAGCGACGCCCUCUGUGGUAGUUCACGAUGGCUGAAUACUCGAGGUCGACAGGGUCCAGGUCUUCUGCAGCCGGCGUGUUGAGUGCUCGGUUAUGUACGAAUCCUCGAGCUGCUCUGUCGGCCUGCAGGUUGCCCGUGAUGCCAGUGUGGCCCGGUAUCCAGAUGAUGGUUUGGGUGGUGAAGUCCUCAGGGUCCUCCUUGAGUAUUCCGGCUAGGACUUGUGCAGCAGGUCUUCCAAUUCUACCCUGUAGGAAGUUGCGGCAGGCCUGCUGGGAAUCCGUGAGGAUCGUCAAUGGUUGGUUUGCGUGUAGGCCCUCGCGGAUGGCUAACGCGAUGGCCAGCUCAUCGGCUUCCGUAAUCGUGCAGGGGCGGGUCGAUGCCGCAGAGGUAACGUGGCCUCGGUGGUCGCAUGCCACUGCAACUGCGGUCAAUCCAGUCUAUCCAUUUAUUUUGCAUUUGAUAAUUUGCAUACAGUUAUAAGAAACUCUUUGAUAUUUUUUCAUUCCUAACACUCUGCAUUUCCGUAAUGCCUACCCACUGACGCCAAAAUCGCACACAUGGAUGAAACUAACUCAAAUGACGCUAGUUUCCUAAAUUGAGGUCAUAGUUGCAGAAAAUUUGUUAGGUAGGGGGGGGGGGAUGCCAAGUUUGUUGCAUGUCAAUUCUGCUGCAUGCAAAAGCAAAAAAAAAAAAAAAGCGGCGAGGGACCGCAGCGCACAACACGGCAGGAAGUGGCGCCGCCCAGUGAUUUGCGUUCUCACACAUUUCGUAGCAACUGGCCAGGCAUGGCAAAAAUAUAGGGGGCUGCAGUUUUGCAUAAACGCUUGGCACCGUUUUCUUUUGUAGAUUACUUACGGCGAACAAGAACGUGUUUUUCGCGGACCGCGAAGUCCGAAGUGGACGUAGUUUCGCUGCGACCAUGGAUCUCCAGGACUUGAUGUCGAGCAGCCUGCUACUCGGGCUCCUCACGCUAGAUCAGAUAAACGAGUUGAUGCUGCUGCUGAUGGCGCGAGAAGAACGGGAGACGACCGCGUCGAGCGACGAAGAAUCGUCGUCGAGCCCGCGUCCUCGCGGAUGGCGUCCCACGAUGAGCGUGAACGACAUGCUGUCCGACCCGCUGCUCAUGUCCAUCAUGACGACCCGUCAGAUCACCGAUCUCAUGUACAUCAGGCUCAUGGAGAACAGGGAACGCGAAUACGAAGGCAGCAGCAGCAGCAGUAGCAGUAGCAGCAGCUCUGAAAGGUUGCAGCGCGAAGAGGCCCAGAGGCGGAGGCUGGUGCGACGUCGGCCGCUGAGGAGCAGGCAGUCAAUCGCUGCCCGAAAAGCAGACUUCACAGGUACGGGAUCGGGAACACGACCUGAUAGUGAGGAUAGUUCGCAUAGUGAACAAGAGGGAUGCCAUCUUGGCCGAGCACCAUGUGGAACAACGCAGGGCUGCAAACGAGCUGCGUCAGAUGGAGAAGGAGUACCAAAGGUGGCGAAGAGACUGGACACGACCCCCCACUGCGACAACGGGCAGUACGAAGAAGCCCGCGAGCAAGACGUUCUUGACGUUCCGCAGCUUCAAAAGACGUGUGGCCAAGACGGUCGGCAAAGUGGCAUCGAAGAAGAAGGGAAAGCGGCCGGCGGUGGCGCAGACGAACACUGAAAUCUGUGUGGCAAAGUUGUGAUGUCCAUGGCAGUCUGCAUGCUCAUCACGUGUCUUUUAAGGACUCGUCUUCGGGGUGCGGCAACGAUGGUGGGCCCGCACCUCCCAAGGCCUGACACUUCCAGCAGUAGUGUGUGCGUGUGUGCGUGCUUGUGUUUCAGGAUGCUGGAAAAUGUCAAGACUGCAAAUCCCAGCACUUCAGGCCUUGGAUGAACAAUGGGAUGCUUGCAGCCAUGUUGGGUGUCUUCUGUGCUGUGCGCUCUUGUCAAUGCAGUUCCUAUGGGUAGAUUAUAUUGUGCAACAGCAGCCCAGGGAAAUCGUGUGUUCUGCACGUUCCAAAGCGUCUUUCACUCUCUUGAAAACAUUUUCCUCUUGCCGGCGGCUUUUCUACAUCCGGGCGCGAAGUGCCAAUCAAAUGUGCCAUCCAGAAAUACCAAAGUCAACAGUGAAAGCAUGUACAGUAUGGCCUGCUGUUGAGAGGAAAAACCACUUAAAAUUCUGCAACCAAUUAGUCAACUCCUCUCAAAAGUGCCUGCAGAAUUAUUUUUUUUCAUUGCGGAUGCAUGGGUGCUUGACUCAUUGUAUCAGUGACAUUUUGUUGUUAUAUGGUCAACUCUUUCUGUACCGAUGGCCAGGAUAGUCCCAGCAAAGAACACCUUGCAGUGUGAAUUCCUGAUAAGUAUAUCCAUAAACUUGCUCCUAGUUGAAGUUUUCAACACUAGAUGCCAGCACUUGUUAAUAUUAAUGGCAUUGUGUGUAGUCUUUCUGCUUAUUAUGGAUUGUUUGAUGGCUUGCAUUGGCAACAUGGCCGUCCUGUGCACCCAAUUUCGUGGAAAUUUGGCACUUAUCUUUGUUACUUCUUGUGAGAAAAUAUGUGCCUUCUUAGAGCCGGCCAUACUGUACGUGUGCCAAUGUGAAUUUUGUUACGUUUGCUCAUAUGCUGGUGUGGGUGUCUGGCUGAAGGAUGAACAUGCAAAAAUCUAUACUUAAAGGGCAACUUCGGCAAUUUUUUUGCUAUGUCAAGGUAAUGGAAUAUUUAGGUUCCUGCUGUCACCCGUCUGAUCUAGUAGAAUUGUUCCGUAAAUUUGAAAAUAAUUUUAAAUAAGCAAAAAAGUGCAAAACUGAAACCGAAACUUUACCAAGUAACCGAACGAACCUCUUUGUGUGACAUCACAAGUGCCUCCAGUAGGGAAGGUGGCGAGGCAUGCCGGUCUCGCCUGCUGGUUGAACGAAACCGGCGAAGAGCAGACGCUCAGCUGGUUCGUGACCUCGCCGGGCCUUUGGAUGACAAUGUGAGCUGCGUCAGCUCUUCAAAUUUGUCAAACGGAGAGGAGUACUAUUCUGGCGAAUUCAAUAGCCACGAAUCCCCGUUUGCAUUCGACCCGCCACCACAAGAGCCAGCGCACGUGCGCUACAUAUCGUGCCGCAACAUGAAGGCCAAGGGUAGCCCUAAACGCUGAUUUUAUAUGUGCCUGCUUGCUAUGUUAGGUUUUUUACCCCUUCUCAGGGAAGCACUUUACAUGCCCACUGUAAGACAUGGAGCACGAAUUCUCGCAUUCUUCUCGAAUGCCGCUGACAGUCCGAAGCACCAACCGGCGCAUUCGUUUACAUCGGCAGUACAGCGACCCCACUCAUUGUCAGCUUGAGAUAUAAUGCUAGCCGGUCAUCAUUGACAUCAGUUAAUGUCAGAACAUGUCAAAACAGGCAGAUUUUCUGCAUGUAAGCAUCAUUGCAUCACUAUGAAUUGCGCUGAUAUGAGCCGACCACACAACUUCGAAAACAGCGAGCGGGAGACCGUAGUACGGGAGCGUUGUUAUGCUGCCUACUUAUCACUCUUCGUAUUCUCUUCAUGCACACAAUGUUUUCCGUAAUGUAGACACAGAUGAGGACUUUGCGCAUGUGAUCGCUCGUUUAGAGAACGUAUAGUUUUCUCGCGGUAACACCGAUGCCAUUGACGCCAUUGGCAGCUAAACGAGGCGGUUGUUUACGCUGCUGCAUCGAAGGGGCCUACGCUUGCUGCCCAUUUGCGAUACGAAGCAAGCAGUGCACCUCAAAAGCUAAAUAAUGAGUCUGUAUGACAAUACAUAAAAAUAAACCCAUGUUCCUAGUCUCAUUUAAUUUAGGGAAGUGCCGGAGUGCGGCUGGCAGCUUUUCAUCGAAAACAGCAAUGUGCUGAUGUCAAUAUUGCUCCGUGUUGUUGCUUCUCACUUUAUGUGUGUGCAUUGUACAAAAUUUGGAACGGUUUAUUUCAAAUUCGUAUGUUCAACACUGAACUGCAGAAGGCGUUUUGUUCAUCCUGAUAGCUUAAUUAGCUUGAGGUCAGUAGCUAAGGUCUGCCAGCAGUAGACGCAUGAACUACGCGGCUGUGACAUAUAGGCUUAACCUCGGCGUUACAUAUCGGCAUAGGCUCAAACUGUGUGUGUGUGGAUGGCGAGGGCAGAAGUUUGUGUGGCCAACAACGCAACACCACUUGCCUCCCAUCUCUUGCCCACCUAGAGGGAACGCAACUUCUUGUGACAGCAACUUCUCACGCCAUGCACUAACUCACGAUCGUUGACUUCUCGACGUUCUCGUCGCUGUCUGCAUGAUCCCGGCAUUCUCUGCAUGGAACACUCCUAACAUCACACACAAUGUCGCCUGUAACUGAGGAGGAGGUAAGGUAGGGUGUUCGAGGCAAUGAAUUAAAUUCAUUUGUAAAAAAUCUGUGCGACUCUGAAACCUGCUUUUUUGAGGACAUGACAGAAGUAUUCAGGGGAACAUACCCAGCAAAUUUCAUUGACAUCCGUUGUCAUAAAAAAAUCGCCGAAGUUGUCCGUUAAACUAGUGUUCCUAAGAUGCCAAAGCAAUGGAAGCUUCAUGAAAAGCGAUAGUGAAAGCACUGGGGGACUGCAAGUUAAUUGAGAACAUCAGUGGAUCUUUAAACAAGCACCGAAAUAUAACUGUGUGUUUUUCCCCCCACAGUGGUUAUGUUUUGGUGGGGAACAAAGUGCGAGAAAGAUUGCAUACCGUGCUUCGGGCGCAUGUUAAAGAACCCCAAAUAGUAGAGAUCAACCGUUCCAUUAUAGCAUGUCUCAUAACCUGCGUGUUGCCUUGUACUUUACUGUUGCUCAAUUCAAUGCAGUUUUCCCACUUCAACCCUGUCAAAAUACUUUUUCUGUGGUUGGGCAUCAAACCAGCAACCUUGCACUUGGCAGCCAAACACCAUAGAUGCUGGACCACUGCAGCAGGUGUUAAAUUUACAAUUUUUGCGUGCAGGGUUGUAGCAAUGAUGCGAUAGCUGUACACACAUUUUCACAUGCCUGCUGCGCUUGCAAAGCAGCGACAUGAUGCUUGCUUACCGCAGAUGUGUGUGAUGAAAAUGUUUCUGUGGCCUUUUGUCAUGAUGCUGCCGUGUGGAAAAGUGCAUGCACCAUGCAUUGCACACAGUGCCUUCCAUGAGCUGUUCAAAAGCUAACCAGUUGUCUUUUUUGCAUGUUCAGAGCUGUGCGUGUGCGUGAGCAUUUGUGUUUACGUAGCGUUGUGGUAUUUAUGUCUAUACAAAAGCUGUCGUAUGUGUUGAGUAAACAGUUAUACUUAUCUGCGAGCGUACCCUGUUGGAACGUAAAGUGUCGUACGUGCAGACACUAUGUGAUGAUAAUAUUUUUGCUGGCGGGCAUUGCAGGAUGAAGUCCAUGGGGGCAUUACUAGUAGUCAGACUGUCGGUGAAUGCACUGGUGAUAAUUCAUCAGCACUACAUGGCUGCCUUAUAAACGUGUACGAGGUUUGGUGUUGCAAUAGUGCCUGUGCGGUAGACAAACUUCACUGCGUGGUCUUCGUUGUCACGUAAGGCACUUGCCAAGUUACCCACUGACCGCAGCUCAUAGUGCCUUCGAAGAAUUAGUUUGCCUAUUAUUGACUGCCUUUUCUUUCUUUUUGCUCGUGCUGAACAGUCUUCGAACUAUGAACAUGAUGCCCAGCAUCAUCCUCCAGCAUGGCGUUCUCUUCCAGGAUAGCUUCAAGCAUAGCCACAGGAAAGUUAAGAAGCAUGCAGUUCACAAAAGCAAGGCAGAGUUAAUUGUGAAAUGCAUGGUACGACGUGGCACCCGAUACAACGGUGCAGCGUGCCCAAAAGACGGCCGCCACAGCUGGUGGAAAUUUGUUUGGUGUUGGUAUGACUAUCCGUACCGUGCAUUGCUGGAGGAGUCCUACUAGUUGAUCCUAUAAUUUGCUAGCAUCCGGCUUGUAAUGCCGGUUGCAUCUUGGUGUUGAUCUCAAGACAUUUGAAUGCCGUUAACAUCUGGAGUCAUCGGCCGUUGCCAUAUUCUUGGGAAAUAUUGAUUUCACAACAUGCAUCAAGAGGCUACUUGCUCUAUAAAAUAAAUAAAUUUAUUUAUUUGUACAUACUGCAGCCCUAUUCGGCUAUUGCAGGAGUGGGUAUGAGAAGCAGAACAAUGACAAAUAAGAAAGGCAAUAUGAACAAUACAGAUGCCAAUGAAACUACCUACCUAUUCAAUGGUCACUAAAAAUAAGUUCAGAAAUAAGUUAAAUAAUAAUAAUAAUAAAAUAGUGAUAAAUAAUACGUUCAUAAAUGAAUCGGCUACCUUCUCCCACAAAAGUCCCACAGACAACACAGUCCUAUAGCAGCACCCAUAGGCAGUCUCUUAUUGUUUGUGUCUGUGAAAGCAAAUUUGUGCCAGUGACAUUGUAAACAAACGCUACCUUUAAAUGUUUACAAUGUGUCUCUGCUAUUGCUUUCUUCCUAAUUCUUUGUGUGCGUUUGUAAAUGUGCUUUUACACCACGACAUUUCCCACCCGUGAUCCUUUAUCAUAAAUUACGCCUACUAGAGAGCUCUAUAGUUGCUAUCUGUGGCUCGGGAUGUUGUGGUAACAGUUACGGUCUUUGACUAGGGUAUUUUGCAGUGCUGGCUGCAUCUCUUUGUACAAUCAGUCUUCGAGUUACCUUUACUAUAAUGUGCAGAAAGUUUUGUAAAGGCUCGCAGUUGUUGAAUAGUGACAUAUCCUGUGCGCUGGUACUCUGCAGCAAAGUACAGUUGGCUGCAAGAAUUUAUGGGACAUGAGACUUUGAGAAAAAGUGCUACAAAGCAUGGACACUCGGACUCAAAAUUCAAUGUUUUGGCUUACAAGAAGCCUUAGCAACCUACACACGAUCCAUUAAAUUAGAAUCGCCAUUGUUUAGCACUGUAGAAAUUUACAUUUGUCGUGAAACUCGUGUCCCGUGAAAUUUCUCGCUUGACUCUACCUUGCAUCGUUGCCAUGUCGGCUGUCAAAAUAGGCCACCGCCUAAUUUUAGUUGCAACUAUUGCCUCUAUUUCUGUAUGCCUCUGCUGUGGGAGCCCAAAACUGAAGCACUGCCUUUCUCGUGGCCAGAUUUUGCUUUCCCUGAUGUUGUGUGCACGUUCCGUGCUUUCUAUUUGCUGAUCACUUUAGUUCUGUUGGUCGCUUUCGCUCCUUGCCUCGUGCAACAGGCAGCUUCCAAGUACAUGUGAUCAUGCAUGUUGUAUGUUCCAGUGCUAACAAUACACCUCAGAAGAAUUGUGCACCAUUUUUAGACUAAAAAGAAAAACUGGCAUUUUUAUGAAAUCGAUAAAGACUGACCUAAGCAGCAUGGCAUUAAAUUGUCGAAAACAAAAUUAAUUAAACGUUUUAUGCGCUUGGAAAAUUUCUACAUUAUGUAGAUGACAAUACCGAGAAGUUUCACGUCAUGUUUUUCUCCCACAUUCUUUAAAAUAGUUUGAGCCCAUUGGUGCCUUUAACUUGGCAUGCUAAGUGCGCACAGGGCAACAAGCCACACAAUGACUGCGACCUAUGUCGUAAAUUGCAACGAGCCACCUGUCGCAGCUUAGCAAUGUGUUGUCAACAUAUCUAUCCACAAACCCGUUUUGGGCAUGAUUUAGACAGAGUUUGGGUCUGUGCGUGUUAUCCAUGCUUUUGUUUACAGUGAUGUUGUACUUGGCCUUGAAAAAUUCAGACGCGAACAUCUGGUCUCUUGGGCUGUGACGGGUCCACUGUUACUUUGUGCACAAGACGAUCACAAAUGUGGCCUCUUCAUGCGAAUCUAUGUUGUUACGAAUCACAGCAGUGCUGUAGCGCAAUUUGAGAGUCGACUUUUUAUGCAUAAUUUUUUUUUUCACUUUAGGCACCAGAAAUUGCCCUAGUCACCAACAUGGUGUUGUUCUGUCACUUUCAAUGUACAGCAAAGAAGUAUUUUUAUCAGAGUGAACGUUGAGCAUUGCACAAAAUUCAGAAAUAAAUUUUCUUUGAGAAUA